CUUCUGGGGGAACAAGAGCGGGCGUCACCAUCACAAAGGAGAGGAGCAGUGAGUGGCCGCGUGAAGGUGAAGGUUGUGACGAGCGACGCUUUCACCUGAGUAACCUGCAUGGACGAGGCACCGCUGGCUCCUCCGCGCACCGCCUCACAGUCUGGCGCGGCGCGGAGUGUGGCGCAUGUGAACCGGUGCUGUGGCGCAAGUGUUAGCGUGUGCGUGCGUGUGUGCGUCCCCGUGCUGCAAAGAUUCGCGUGUAUUGAGAUAUCUGAGUCACGCGUCUGGCCGUGAAAGUGGCAACGUGAUUAGCACACUCAAACACUCACACUCACACUCACACACACACACACACACACACACACACACACACACACACACAUCCUGUUGUCAAAAGAGUGAGCGUGGUUUGUGGUAACUCACGUGUGUGUGUGAGUGUGUUUGUGAUCCACGGGAGAUUUAAACGCUUGGGAUCAAAGGUGUGAGUGUCCGGCCGCCCUCCACACCACCCUUCACCAUGGAUCCAGGGGACACGUUAGCACCACGAGCCUCACGCAGAAGACUCACACUCCACUCUAUCCUAAUACUCCUACUAGUGACGAAGAGCACAGCGGCUUCCUCACGCAGGCUCAACUCUCGCUUCCUGGACUUAACGCGCAGUGAAUACAGUAACUACACGCGCAUCUACAGAGCCUUGGACGAGGGCAUGAGGGACCCGAGGAGGCUGGACGAGGCCUUCAGGAGCGUGGAUCAUGGCCGGGCCCUCAAUGUGUUCGAUGUGGCCCGGGCGAUUGUGCCAGAUAUAGGCGACUCUCAAGUCUCCCAUGAUGCAAUUCUCGUCCUCAUGAACGCUCUCUUGAAAGACAAUGCCAUACCCGAGGACACAGGUAACGACAUUAUACAGACCAAGACUCCACUCAAGGAUUUGGAGGUGGUUAAGGUGGAGGACCGCGCACCCUCCUCCACCACCACCACCACCACUACUAGUACCACCACCACUACUACUACCACCACCACCACCAAGGCGCCCACACAUACAAGGAAUAAGAGUAUCUUCGACUACAUUAUCAACCCCUUCACCAUCCCGCAAACGUGUUGGUACAAGAGCAACCAAUAUGACUGUGGCCUCUCCGUCUCCUGCGUGUUUCAAGGGAGUAAGCCCAUCGACCUGUGUUCCGGGGGCAUGAUCUGGUCCUGCUGCGUCCCCAGAGACAAGGUGGACAUCGUGGACCACUCUGUCGGCGCUAUCGGGAAUGACGUUCAUCACCAGCAAGAGUUUGGAGAGCGUCCCCUCCCGCCCGGCUCCUCCUUCGCCCAUAUCGGCGGCUCCAGACCCUUUGACAGACCUCCCUCCCACUUCACCCCAGACGACGACACCUUUUUCCCAAACACACACAGACCCUCUUCAGUCCUCAGACCACUUAGACCUCAAAACAGGCCGCCCUUCAGACCCCCAAACCGACGCCCACCGCCGCCCUUCUCAAGACCCGAGAGCUCCAGACCCGGUCCCAACUUUGACGGUAAUUUCAGUCACUUUAACAGACCCCAAAAUUCCUUUAAUGGCCAACCUGGUCAGUUUGACAAUUUCGAUCACCGACCGCAUGACUUCCCUCGCCCUGGAUUUAGCCGCCCCACGUCGUUCGAAUCCCUGGGUCCUACGGGUGCAGCUGUCAAUCCAUCGGAAUGCGGGGAAAUCUACACGAGGACUAACAGGAUCGUGGGAGGCAGUGACACGGUCUUCGGCACUGUUCCCUGGCAAGCGGCGGUGAUCAAGCAGUCUUUCCUAAGCAAGAGAAUAGCGUGUGGCGGCGCUCUCAUCAAUGACCGCUGGAUUGUUACGGCGGCUCACUGCGUUCACUCGACGCCGAUCAGCAGCAUGAAGGUCCGCCUGGGAGAGUGGAAUGUCAAGAAGCAGAAUGAGAGACUUCCCCACGAGGACUUCGACGUGGAGAGGAAGGAGGUGCACCCUCACUACAAGGCAGCGGACUUCCAGAAUGACUUGGCGCUGAUCAGAGUGAACAGGAAGGUCGUUUUUAAGGAGCACAUCAUCCCAGUGUGUCUACCGCAGCAAGACGCCUCUUUCGUCGGGGACUACGCCACUGUGACAGGCUGGGGACGUCUCAACCAUGGCGUCUCGAGUACCCCGGCGGUCCUGCAGGAGGUGGAUGUGCAGGUUCUACGCAACGAUGUGUGUCAGUCAUGGUUCAAGGAGGCAGGCAGGCGUGAGAUCAUAUAUGACGUGUUCCUCUGCGCAGGUUACAAGGACGGCGGGAAGGACAGCUGUCAGGGGGACUCCGGCAGCCCUCUCACACUCACCCUUCACGGCAAACGCUUCCUCAUCGGUCUCGUCAGCUGGGGGAUCGGAUGUGCGCGACGAAACCUGCCCGGAGUGUACACAAACAUUGCCCACUUCUCACAUUGGAUUUCCCAGAUAGCACAAGCGUAACUUAUUGGUAUUUUUUGUAUGCAAUUUAUUUAGUGUUUUUUUUAUAUAUAUAAGCUAGGAUGU